AUGUCUUUAACUCCUGAAGUUUUGUGGGCGCAAAGAUCCAGCGAAUCGGACCAAGAACGCAAUUACCUAUUAGUGACCAUUUUGAUUCCAGAUUGUGAGGAACCUAAGCUUGAACUAAAGUCGUCUUAUUUGGAGUUCAAAGCCAGGUCUCCAGGCCAUGUUGGUGACGAAGAAGAGCACAAGUAUCAAUUGCACAUCGAUUUUUUCAAAGAGAUUGACGUGGAUAAGUCGCUGAGUAGAGUGGCCAACGGCAGAGAUUACUUCCUAAAGCUGUACAAGAAAGACUUAGAUGCCGAAUUCUGGCCCCGUUUGACUAAGGAGAAACUCAAGUACCACUUCAUCAAGACCGACUUCAACAAGUGGGUCGACGAGGAUGAACAGGAAGAAGCGCAAGAGGAGGACCACGGGUUCCAAGGCGGUCAAGCCGCGCAGGCCGCAGCUUUGCAGGAGCUACUCAAAAACGGAGGGGGUCAGGGCUUAGAAGGUCUCGAGGGUUUGGGAGCCGGCUCAGGAGCCAUCUGA